AUGUCUUUAUCUUUGCCGACACAGUUUUAUUGCGGCCGACGCGCGGGCACGCGGCGUUCUUGCCGACGGCGGGGCGAGCACGCGGACCUUUAUCGAUAUUUGAAAGCGUCGAUUCGGGAAGCCGCCAAAUCGGCUGGGUGCGAGUUAACAAGCAUCGCUGCCCCGUCGGGGCUUCGAGAACGUUCCAUCGUGCGUCGGUCGCGGCUAACGAAAGAGCGACGCGAAACUGGCACGCAAUUAGUGUACGCGCGCAGGAAGCGGACCGCCGUUAUUAUUUUCGAAUUAGUCACGACGAUAAUCCGAACGUUUUCGGCGGCGGACGCGCACUUUCGGCGGUGCCGUGAGAAUGGUAAGAGUCCCCGUCGUCACGACAGCCCUGUCGCGCAUUUCGAGAUUGUCUCCCCGCAACAAUGGUCGAUGCAUAUCAGCUGCCCGUUAGUGUACAAACGCGCACACAUGCACAUGUCGGUGCACACGCGAAGGUGCCCCGACACGCGCAUGUGUGCUGUUGGCUCGUGUGCUCACAUGCGCAUGUGCGCGUUCGAAACUAGUUUCGCGGGAAUA